AUGAGUGUGGGUAUUGAACCAGGCGGAUUGAACCACUCAAAAAGGAGGACUCUUAACAGUCUAAUGGGUGUGGGUAUUGAACCAGGCGGAUUGAACCACUCAAAAAGGAAGAGUCUUAACAGUCUAAUGAGUGUGGGUAUUGAACCAGGCGGAUUGAACCACUCAAAAAGGAGGACUCUUAACAGUCUAAUGGGUGUGGGUAUUGAACCAGGCGGAUUGAAUCCUCUCAAAACUUCAGUUAUAUUUACAGACAACGUUACCCAGUCCUACAGCUGUGUGGCCUUAGAAUAUACCAUCGACUACCAUCGGACUCGCCAGGACGAUCAGCCUAUCUCUAUGUCCAUCGCAGAAGCCCAAAUGGGUGCCACGCCGUUUUUUGUGACCAGUCUGGUGCUGGCUUUGUGUUCCGGAGUAUUUAGUGUGAUGGGUACCCUACAACGCAAUGCCAAGGCCAUAAUAUCAGCCGUGCUAUCUAUACUACAAGGGCUGUGUAUGGCCGUGGGAAUCAUCCUGUACAUCACCUUUAUCAAUGACGAAGCGUCGCACGCCAAACCUGAUGCCGGGUUUUUCCAGUAUCAAUACAGCUGGUCCAUUAUCCUGGUGGGAUUGGCCUUCCUGGCGUCCCAGUCCACUGCUAUCGUCAGCGUCACGCUCUACCUCAAGCUCAACACCAAAAAGGAGGACAUGGCGUUGAUCAUUCCUGGCCUUGAGGACAAGAUUAAGGACGAUCCCGAAACUACUGGCGUAACCAACUACUCCACCCCUAUCUUUUAGGAAGGAAUACGUGAAUAACUGGAUUACCAAACAUGCACUUUACUAUGGUGUUAAAGUCAGUGGAAGGUCACCGCUCUUGACUUGCUUUUCGAUGACAUGCAUCUUGCUGACCGACUUUGUUUGCCGGAGCCGAAGGCCUUUUUAGGCUGGACAAAUCUAGCGAACUGCCUUAAAGCAUGUUGGACGUUACCAGUCAUAGACACAUGGGGCCUAAUGUAUUACUCCACAUGGACAGGCCUGUAACUGAUCUCUUAAAACUAGAACUGCUUUCCAAUGGAUACUAGUAAUAACUGUUACGUGUGGUAUCUCGAUAACAAGAAUCUACGUCUUCCUUUGACAGCUUUCACUAUUGUGACAUAAGUCACGAGGCUGCGUCCAGUACUGCUGACUUUCCGACCAAUCACAUGUGGCCUGUCGGUGUUUUAUAAGAGAUGUAUCCCUUGGGUAGCUUCUCUGUGUGUUUUGUAACAAAACUUGAACAAUGACGUGAAGCUGGCAUUUCUUGCUUGUUUUACAUAGCAUUUUCAGCAGGUGCGAUUUGUAAAUACACAGCAUACUUAUACGAAAGCUCUUAUCAUAAUAGCUUCAGAAACGUGUCCAUUGUGUUUAUUUAUCAAAGUGAACGCCUUUUCUCUCACAGCUCAUUUGCCAAAAUCACCAACUUUCUUUUCAAACCUGCUUAACUGCAUAAGAGUACUUCCUCAGUUGGGCGAGAGGUUGAGUUUUCUCCAGUUCCACGUCCCCUUACUCUGAUGAGUCACCGUUUAAAUAUUUAUUCACUAUUUUUUUAUCAAUAAAUUAGUAAUGUGCGAUCAACAAUUUUCUUAUAUAGAAUUUUUUUUUUUGACAUUCUCUUGAUAUCAAAAAUUCAAAAAAAAUCAUUUUCUGAUAUAAAAAAAAGAUAGGAAAUAUUUACAAUGUUUAGAUAUCAUAAAUUUAUUGAACGCCUCUUCAUUAUCUGUUUACUAUUUUUAUAUCAAAAAUUCGAUUUUUUUUUGUAUAAAAAACAAGCCUUUUCCUGAUAUCAAUUUUUAAUAUAAGAAAAUGAUUUUUUAUUGAAAGAAUGUCGUAAUAUCAAAAGUUCGAUUUCAUAUAUGAAAGAAAAAGUGAAUAAAUAAUAAAACGACGCCUCGUACAAACUCAACAUUCAUCUCACAGGGGCGACAACUUAUAGUUUACACCACAAACAUCUCCCCCAGAAACAUUGUUACAUGUCCCUGUGGUACAUAAACACUUCCCCCAGAAACAUUGUUACAUAAACACUUCCCCCAGAAACAUUGUUACAUAAACACCUCCCCCAGAAACAUUGUUACAUGUCCCUGUGGUACAGUUUACUACACAAACACCUCCACCAGAAACAUUGUUACAUGUCCCUGUGUUACAGUUUACUACAUAAACACCUCCCCCAGAAACAUUAUUACAUGUCCCUGUGGUAUAGUUUACUACACAAACACCUCCCCCAGAAACAAUUUUACAUGUCCCUGUGGUACAGUUUACUACAUAAACACCUCCCCGAGAAACAUUGUUACAUGUCCCUGUGUUACAGUUUACUACACAAACACCUCCCCCAGAAACAUUGUUACAUAAACACCUCCCCGAGAAACAUUGUUACAUGUCCCUGUGUUACAGUUUACUACACAAACACCUCCCCCAGAAACAUUGUUACAUAAACACCUCCCCCAGAAACAUUGUUACAUGUCCCUGUGGUACAGUUUACUACACAAACACCUCCCCGAGAAACAUUGUUACAUGUCCCUGUGGUACAGUUUACUACACAAACACCUCCCCCAGAAACAUUGUUUCAUGUCCCUGUGGUACAGUUUACUACACAAGCAUCUCCCCCAGAAACAUUGUUACUUGAACCUGUGAUUCCCUUCUACAUUCUCCAAGACCUAUGUUUGUUCGAGAUGGUCGACAUUUUACCAAAUGUUAUUGUGUGCGUGUGAUGAUUAUGUUCAUUUCAAUUAUUUGUUCCUUUACCCAUAAUAGGAGAAUGAUUUUUGUAUCAAACCUAUAUGAAUCAAUCAUUACAGUAUAAAAUACACCAGAAACUUAGACCCAACUUCGACGUAGUGUCUACUGUCUAUCAUUGUCAAAAAUAACUAACAAUUUUUUUUUCCAUUUAAAUCAGAAUCCGUAUGUGCGAAAAGGGCGCCAUUUUAUUUAUCUGCCACCCAGAUAUCAUUUAUAUUGACAAUAAAUACAAUCUAACAAGCGUUUUAUUGUUCAAUUAGAUCCAAAACAAUUAUAUUGAAAAAUGUUUGUGUGGCAUAAUUAUCACUAUUAUGCCUACAAAUCAAACAUUCUUUGUAUCGUACUAAUACGGAUUCUAAUUUAAAUUCUUCAAGACCAAAAGGAUGGGCCAAUGGACCUCCUAUUGAAUUAAUAUGCAGAUUUGAACCAAGUAUACAGCAUGGAAUGGUCGCAAUAAUCCAGCAUUAAUUGACAAGUGUAUUUUUUGUUACAUAACAAUUUUUGUAAUUUACUUUACAGGAGUUGACCUCGAUUCAAAAGGUCACGCGAUUGGCGUAGGAAUUAUAUUCCCAGCACCGUUACAAGGAAAUGAAUGUUUUCAAACAAAAUAGCUCUCAUGAAGUUAGGUAUUUAUACAUACAUUUUUCUUGUUCUGGGUUACAUUGUAGUUUCCUGGAAAAUUCUACAAUAAUUAUUGCAUUAGCAAUACCAGAAUCGAUACCUCUACUACCGAAAUCUCGGAUGAGAGUGCGAGAGUAAUGAAUUGCUACAGUUGUUUAGUUUAUCAUACAAGACGGGGUUCCCAUUUGGCUACCUACAUAUAUACCUGUAAAUGACAACUUUGUAUAAGGUCCCAUCGUCCCGUGUCAUCUGAAUUGCUGUUUUGUUAUUUGAACUGAGUUAGUUGAGGCAAAUGUUAAUUUAAGGUGUGAUCAAAUAAUUAUCUUAAUAUACUAAAAAUGUCAGUUUUUUCAGAUUAUUAAACGAGUCGUCAGAUCUAGAACUGUAUUUGGCCUGUACUAUGCCGGUAGAGCUACAACGGUAAGAAAACGAAAAAUUAGAUAUGUUGAAAUAAUCAAACUUCUUAUUCUAACGUACCUUUAGGUAUAUAGCUAUUUGGUACAGAGCAGGGAUUAGGGCGCUUCCACUGUGAUUCGUAUUUACGUGCGCCCGAUCUAUGAUGAAAUCUCUACACUAAUUUUGAUUUUCCACUUGGCUGUGAUCAAUAUUAUGUAGGAAUGGUGGAUGAUAUAACGGACUGUCGGUAAGAACAAAUAAGUGUAGUCGUUCAAUGUCAUACAUCGUAUUUCCUUUUCGUUUCAUAUUAGUGAUUAUAUUCGAAAGAUUUUCAGACUUUUGCGCUGCCAUUAAAGAUUUUAGAUAGGACAGCUCUAGAAAAAAUGACGAAACAAACACCUGUUUUAAAAUAGAAAAAAAAACUUUGUUUUUCGAACGAAUGGCUAGUUCGUGAUUACCGAGUAUUACUGGCUUGUUACGUUCAAUAGGUUAUGAACAGCUGUGGAAAUACAAACCUAAAUUACACGAAGGUCCUUCCUGAUCCAUCAUUAUCUAAGGAGUUAUCUUAAAAAUAUCAGAUGAUUUAAAUGAAUGUAAGAAAUCUAAAUACGGCGUGGAAAAAUAACCAGGAAGCCUCAAUGGUGAAUGAUACCGGUCCAAUGGGCCUUUCCUACAUACACAAUUUUCAGUUAUUUGUUAAAUCAUUGUUAGGUCUGCGUUUGUGUGUGUGACGGAUGUGUGUGUGGGGCGCGUGUGCUUUAAGAAGUAGGUACGUGUGGUUACUUACAACCCUAUCCAUGACAACACAGGUUGUCCCACUGUGGCCUUUCUGUACAUUAUACGGGCAUCAUCACUGCCAAUCUCAUGAUGGUAUUUAAUUAAAAAAGAAGAAAUUA